GCUUAAAUGGAGUCAGGAAGGACCACAACUCAAGGAACACAGGGAAGGGAGAAGCUUACUAAGUAUCUGAGCAGCAGUGUAUUACAGUGAACCUUGGACACAGGAACCCCUCCAAAGCCACGUGGUGGAUCUUGAAGACCUCCAGCACAAUGUUGAAUAAAAGAAGCCAGGAACAGUGGUACACAUCUCUAAUCCCAGUGCCUCAGGAGGCUGAGACAGGAGGAUUGCGAGCUCAAAGCCAGCCUCAGCAAUUUAGUGAGGCACUUAGCAACUCAGUGAGACUCUGUCUCUAAAUAAAAUAUAAAAAAGGACUGGGGAUGUGGCUUGGUGGUUAAGUACCCCUGGGUUCAAUCCUUAGUAUGAAAAAAAAAAAAGUUGCAAGAGACGACAUGUUGUCUUGUCCUGACCUUAUGGUAAAAUGUUUUCAACAUUACACCAUUAACUAUGAUGUCAGUUGUGGAAUUUUCAUAGAUGUCAUCAGACCAAGCUGAGGAUGUUAUUUUCUAUGAAUUCUGUUUGUAUAGGAUACUUUCAGUGAGUAUAGAAUUCUAAGCUAGAGGUUUUUCCUUUUAGCAAUGUGAAGAUGCCAUCCCAUUGUCUAUUGGCUUCAAUAGUUCUUGUUGAAAAGACAGCUGUAAGUCCUAUGUUGCUAUAUUAAACAAAAUGAAUCUCACUUUCUCUGUUUUUCAGUUAUUCCUUAUAUCUUUAGUUUCCAGCAGUUUGACUCUGCUAUAAUGUGCUUCCUUUUUGUUGUUUUGUUUUGUUUUAGUUUGUUUUUGUAUUGUUUGGCCUAGAAUUUGCUGAGCUUCUUAAAUCUAUGAAUUGACCUUUUAGAGUCAGUUUGGAAAUUUCUCAGACAUUAUCUCUGUACAAACUGUUUCUUUUUUCUUCUUUUCUUUUUCUGGUACUGGGGACUGAACCCAGAAGUACUUUAUCACUGAGCUAAAUUCCCAUUCCUUCUUAUUUUUUAAUUUUGAGGCAGGGUCUCACUAAGCUGCUUAGGGUCUCUCUAAGUUGCUGAGACUAGCCUGGGACUUGUGAUCCUCCUACCUCAGCCUCCUAAAUCACUGGAAUUGCAGCCAUGUGCCACCACACCCAGCUGUCUAAAUUGUUUCUGCAUCACUCUGUUUGUUUUCUACUAUUGGGACUCAUUAAGUACACGUUAGAAUUUUAUGCUAGUUCCUGUAAUCAUUUUUAUCCCCAAAGAUUUUUCCUCCUUGAUUUGAUUUGGAUAUUUUCUGUCUUUCAGUUCACUCAUACUUUCUUAUGUAUAACCAUCUAAAAAAUUCUGAAGUUUGCACACUAUAUUUUUAGUUAUGGAAUAUUCAUUUCUUUUUCUUUGUUUUUUUUUAUAGUUCCAAAUUCUGUCUUUAAAUUCUCUGAUUCUUACAUAUUGUCUCUUUUUUCUUCUUUCCUUUAAAAAUUAUUAAUAACAGUAUUUAAAUUUUCUGGCUGAUAAUUAUAUCUGAAUCACCCACAUCUGUUUCUACUCUCUCUUCCUCUUCUUGUUUUUGCUUACUGACUCGUUUGCUUGUUUGUAACCAUGCAUCACACUUUUAAGAAAUAUUUGUUUAUUGAUUUACUUAUUUAUUAUUAGAGCUUUAUGAUUAUACAUAGUAAUUGGUUUCAUCCCAACAAACUCAUACCUGUAUGGAAAUUGAAUUUGGUUCAUAAUCCUCCCUUUUCUUUCACUUCCUCCCUCCCUUCUCCCAUUAGUUCAUUUGUCCAUUUAUUGAUUUGAGUUAUUAUUAUUUAUUGUUGUUAAGUUUUUGAGUUCUUUUAUAUUCUGGAUAUUAAUCCCCUAUUGGAGGGGUAGCUGACCAAGAUUUUCUCCCAUUCUGUAGACUCUCUCUUUGCACUCUUAAUCAUUCCCUUUGCUGUGCAGAAGCUUUUUAGCUUAAUGGCAUCCCACUUAUUGAUUCUUGAUUUUAUUUCUUGCACUGUGUGGGUAUUGUUAAGGAAGUUGGUACCAGCACCAAUAUGAUGUAGUGCUGACUCUAUGUUUUUUUUUUUUUCCUAGCAGUUGUAAAGUUUCUGGUCUAAUUCCUAAGUCUGAUCAGUUUUUAUUUGAACUUUGUGCAGGGUGAGAGAUAAGGGUCUAAUUUCAUUUUUCUAACUAUAGCCAUCCAAUUUUCCCAGCAACAUUUGUUUAAUAGGCUGUCUUUCUCUGAGAUGUGUUUUUGCAAGCCUCAUACCCUUUGAUUGGGUACUAGACAUUGAAUAUUUAAAAAAAAUAAAUUUCUGGAUAACUUAGUCUCCUCCAGAAAGAGUUGUAUUCUUUCCAGCAAAUAGUUCUAAUGGUUUGUCCUUGUGCCUUGGUUUUAGAUUAUGACGCAUUUAUUUCCAUUUUCCUUUUUCUUCUGGAUUUUGUCCUUAUUCCUAGAGCCUGGUAUCCCCUCCAUUCAAAUGGUGCUCCCCAACCCAUGAAAACCGCUGACUGAUUCUCUAGCAUCACAUGGCUGUUAAACUCUUUCUGCAGCUCCUUGGCCUCCCAGCUGCUGCAUUCUUCUGGAUCUUUCAAGUCUUUCCCUGUAUUUACAUAACUUAGGGGUUGGUCAAUGACUUAAGGGAAUUUAUACACCAAUUUUGGCAUUCCUUCUCUGCAGUGUCUUCUUUUCCAGGAAUUUGACUCUAAACUUUCAGUCACUUUGGCAACCCAAAUUUAAACCUGUUUAUCUUCAGCCCAACAGUACUUCUGUUUCCUAAUUGGACUCUAUUUUCCCAUCUCACAGAUUGGGAAGUGCCCUCAAGUGAAGAACUGGGGACAUAUGAAACUCCACCUCUUGGGCCUACCUCCUCCCAAGGACUGAAGUCUUGAAGGCCUGCCCUGGGUUCUCUCCAGAGCCUUCAAACAGUUGUUUUAUAUAUUUUGUGCAGCUUUGCAGGGUUUUUUUUUUUGCAUAGUUUAAUCCAAACAAUCCUGCUUCUCUAACAUAGCCCAAACGUUAAAAUCCUCUUGAGUUUUUGAGGUAAACUAUUGAUAGGAGAAUCACAGUCUCCUAGGAUUUUAGCAUAAAUCCAUGUUUUGUUCUGUAGAUAACCAUCUUCCUUUUGAGAAAUAAUUCCUGAUCUUGGUACAGACUGAAUGCUUGACCAGGGAACACUAAAUGAAUAUGAGUCCCCAACUUUUCCUCAUGAAUUAGUUAUUAAUUUGAACAAAUGUUAAAAUUGAUCACAUCCCACCAUCAAGUGAAAGUAAGAACUGUUAUACUAGGUUCAAGCAGAUCAUGAGGACACUGGCAUAAGCAGGUGAUACAGACUCCAGUGACACGCAGUCUUGUUGCAAUUGGCAUCUUUCCAUCAACUCUAACACACAGCCUCAUGGGAAAUUCCCUGUAAUCAAUUCCCUCAGAAAGAAAAAAUUCAGGCCUUCAUUUCCUUCCUUCCUUUCUUUAUAUUACAAAUAUUCCUUUAAAAUAUGCUUGUACUGCCCCAAAGUGGACUGCUGCUGCCUUACAGUGCCAUUCGGGAGGGCCCGGAAGGGUCACCAGGGAAGUAAACACUAUCAAUGGGCAGAACUUGUGGCUGUGUAUCUGCUUCUUUCACCUGGAAACUUCCUCUCACCUGGAAAAGCAAGAGGACUUUGAGGCCAGCCUGGGCAACUUAGCAAGACCCUGUCUUGAAAGGAUAUAGCUAUAUAAGGAUAUAGCUCAGCGGCAGAGUACUCCAGGUGUAAUUCCUCAUGCUGGAAAGAGAAGGAAGGAAGGAAGGAAGGAAGGAAGGAAGGAAGGAAGGAAGGAAGGAAGGAAAGUGGGUGAGGUGAAGGGAAGGAAGAAGGAAGGAAAGGAAGGAAAGGGUGGAUGAAUUGAUGGAGAGGAGGCUGAGUUGAGGUGGUAGACCUCUCAGAAUGAGUGCAAAUGCUGGAGAUAUUUACAUCUCCAAAAUCAGCAAGAGUAAGCAAAAUCAAGUAGAUAAGAUGAUCCAUCCCAUGGAUGUCAAUCAGUGUCUAUCACAGUAGUGUGGAUGGGGGUUAUAAGUGGGUUCAUCAAGGCUCAUCUGGCUUAGUUUCUGAUAAGUAUCAAAUAUGCCACGCACAAUGUGUGAACCAUCACUCAAGGACACUCAUCCCCACGGGUGGCAUGUUCAUUUCACUGGAUCUCUUUCAUCAUCUGGGGGAAGUGAUUUGUCUUUAUUGUAGUAGAAUCCUAUUCUGGGUAUGAAUUUGCCUUUAUUGCUCACAGUGUUUCUGCCAGUUUCACCUUCUAAAGAUUUAAUAAAUGCCUUAUUCAUCAUGAUGAUAUCCCAUAUGCCCUUCUUUUGACAAAGAAACUCAAUUUAUAGCAAAAGAGGUGAAGCAGUAAAUCUCAUGCACAUAGGAGUCACUAACCUUACAAUGCAUCCCAUCUCUCAGAAGUAACUAUAUUGGUUUAAGAAUGGAGAAUAACCUGCACUCCUAAAGACAGUUUUGGGUGCUGGCCAGAUAGCAAUCCCUGGCAGGUAUGGGCACAGCCUGACAAGCUGAACUAGCAGUCAAAAUGUAGAGCAGAAUAUAUGGCCAGAACACACAAGUCUGGAAACCAAGAAGCGGGUUCUCACUAGCCUUAAGAACCCAGUUGCAAAAUAUUUUCUUGCUUCUCCUCAACUUCAAAUUCUGCUAGUUUAUACCUUUUAGUUCCUAAGUGUGGAAUGCACCCACCUUUCUUCCUUUCUCUUUCCCUCCUUCCUCCCUACCUCCUUUCCUUCUUUCCUUCCUUCCUUCCUUCUUUACAUUUCUGCCAGAAAUGAAAUAAUCAUUUCAUUGAACUGUAAGUGGAGAUAGCCACCUAAGCUUUAGGACUCCACAUGCAACUGAAUUAACAGGCAAAGAAGGGUACAGCUAAUAUAUCUGAGGACAAAGAGGGAACACAAUUGUGGCUAUGUAAUGGGAAGGAGAAUUAUUUCUAGAACCAGAGAAAUCUCUGGAGAAUAUAUUAGUACUUCUAUGUGCAAUUGUAAAAGUUAAUGGAAAGUCAGCAAACCAUUACAGGAAGAUGUUUAAUAAUUAAUAGCUCCAUACCCAAUCCUCUUGACCAGUAUGUAAUCCCAUUAUAGAGAUGAGGACGCAUGGAAUAGGGCCCUGGGUCUGAAUACUAGCUCUGCCUAUAGACACCAGUGUUAAAAUGGACAAGUUAUUUCAGCUCCUGGACCUCAUUUUCCUUCUCUUGGACUUCCUAUAUGCCCUGUUGUUUCUUCCUUCUCCUCUACCAUUGAGAAUAUCAAAUGGGUUAAUGAGAAUAAAAAUACACUAGUAUAAAAUUCCACACCCUUGAGGGCUGUUAACAAUGAUUUCACUAUCAUCAAAGCCUGGGGACAAAUCCUAACUGCUCACAUCAUUCAUGCUCUAGGAGACGCCAGGAUGUGAUUCCUGAGGGAUGGUAGGUGUGGUGCCGGGGGAGCACUAGUAUUAGGGAAAGUACCUCAAGAGGUCUGCCUGAAAGGAGGGGCCCAAGGGUUUAAUGGGCCAUGUCUCAGCCCCAGUCUGCUACUUCCACCAAGGCCUCACGUGGAGAACUAUAGAACACACCAGUGUGGACCAGGCUCAGCAGGUACAUGUUGCUGGGGAUGGAGUGCCCAGAGACAGGCAGAGAAAGCUGGGAUGGAAAGACAAGAACAGGGGGACCCAUGGGCUACAAACCCGGGCCAGAGGUUAGGAAGAUGAAUUGGAUAUACACAGAGGCAGGCACCCAGAAUCCAGAGCUGUGAAACCUUGGGCCAGAUACCUCAGUAUAUCAGGGGAAGAGAGGUGUGUUCACUGGAGGAAUUCAAACCAUCUUGGCUAAGGCCUUCCCACACAAAGACAAAGCUGACCACAGCAGAAACCAUUGAAAACAUGGCAAACCUUGAGCUCUUACAAGUUCCAAGCUCUUUGUAAGCACUGCCUCAUCAUUCUCUCCAUAGAGAAAACCCUAUGAGGUUUCAGAGAGGGAAACAAGGCUCAGAGAGGGGAAAGUGAUUUGUCCAAUGUCACACAGCUGGAGGUAGGAACAGGGAUUGGAAUCUAGCCCUCUCUAGCUCCCAAGUUAGAACCACUACACUGCAUGUGGCAUAAUGAAGGUGAGGUUGCGGCCUUGCAGAGAGGGCUAGCUAAGCCGAAGAGCGCUCUCUCUUCCACUUUUGGGCAUGGAUCAUGCAACAUCUGUCCCUGAAAGCUCUGCUCUGCCAAGCACAGAGAAGACACACAGAAAAUGGCUCAUCGAAUUGGAAACCCUCCAGGGAUCCUUUCCUCAAACCCCUCACUGAACAGACUAGAAAACAAAGACUCAGGGGCUCAAGGUCACAAUAAGCAAGCAGCAAGACUGCUCCAGGAGCCAGGAUCUUGGUUUUUAGGAGGGGCUCAGCCUUUUGCAGCAGGCUGGCUACAGAAACAAUCUCUGUUCUCUCCCCUCAUCAGCUGUGGCCUGUCCUUCUCUGACCCUCAGUUUCUUCAUUUGUUGAAGCCACAUAACCCCUCCUUGGCAGGGUUGUGUGAAGAGAGGAGAUGCUCAUAAAAGUGCAGGUUGGACAUUCAGGUGACUUUCUGUCUUUUCCCCCUAUAGCUGACUUAUAGAUAAUUCCUACAGGCAAGAUCUGUGCCUUGAGAUAGAGUCCUUUUGGCCCUAAGCACAGGAUUGUAUUCCUUAGAGGUAGCAUAUAAAUCAGAACAACACAACCUUGAACUGUAAAAUAAGUGUUAGAAAGCCCAGCCAAAUUCCAAUAUUUCCUAUGAUGAACUAGUUGACUAUGUUUUGAAGUAUUAAAUGUUAAAUCUUUUGAAAAGUAGUUUUGAUGACCCUACUUUGUUGGUGACCUAAGCCUGGGCUUCCUGUUAGAUGGUCCAACAAUGAAAAUCCAUGGACCAUCUCUCCACCAGGAUCUUAGCAUCUGAAAAAAAACAGUGUACAGAGGAGAGAGAAGGAAGGACAGCUAGACUUGGUGGCCUACUAGGGUCCCUUUAGUUUUGAACUUCUGAGUUUCUGUUCCUCCAAUGUCCCAAUUCAGCCUAACCCAGAAACAACAGCCCACGGCUUCUUCUAGGUGCCACAAUGUCCAAGGAGGUAUGGUUUGUGUCCCUCCUACUUACAGAAUCUGUUUGAAUGAGGUAUGACUAAUUGAGGGACAGCCCUCUGAAUUUGGGACAAAGCAGUCUCAUUCUUUUGCCUGGUUCUAGGACAUUACUUCAAGGAAGCAUUGGCGUUGCUAGAAACCAAUUUAGUAUCUACCAUAGAGAAAUCCAGAGGAAAAGUUGAAAUUUGGUUUUGUCUGAUAUUAACAACUUUAAAAAAGGGUGGGGUGGGGAAACAGAAUUCUUUGUCCUAAUGUUUUCCCCUUGGAAAUAUGAAUCCCAGUAAAAAAUGUAGAUUCUCCAAUAAAAAAUGUAGAGAAGAAAAGCACUGUCCUGGGAAUCAAGGAUCUGGCCCAGUUCCUAGCUGUAUAGCCAGUGGCUGUAGCACCUGGGAAAGCCCCUGCCCUCUCUCUACACAGUCUCUGGCCUAUGGGAGAAGUAUUUAAAAAAAUUUUAAAGUAUUUUCCAGUUUUGAUAUUAUUGUUUUUACACAUGAGAGAUUUUUUUUUUGUUAAAAGAAUGGAACGUUAAAAGUGACUGAGGAAAACUGCACAUGGAAUCAUCAGGAAUAAGGAGAGAAUGAUACAAAUUUGACAUGAGGGUCACUUGUCCAAAGGACAAGCCUACAAAAGAGAAGAAAUCAGUAUUUCCUUUAGCUCAAAAUCCCUAGGUUUUGGGUUGAAGCACUCAUUUUUGAUUCCUCUGGGAGAGAUCCUUUUGUCUUGGAGCAGCUACUGGGAGCAGGUCAUCUCCAGGUCAUCUCUAUCAGCUAGGCUCCCCAGGGCGCCUGCUGGACAGGGUUAGUUGAGUGGUCAAGCACAAGCUCCUGCUGGCUGCAGCAGUCACUGAGGAGGAAUAUUCUGUGAAAUUGCAGAGAUUGUCUGGAUUCUCUUAGCAGAAUUUUGGGAGAAGGUAUUACCCGGACCCCAGUCAGGAAUCACCCUUCCUACCAAGAGUCGCUUCCUUCACUGUUAACAAUGAAAAGAGCCCAAUGCCCAGAGACAGGACCUGAGGACUCAGCUUAGAUGGAGACAGAAGAACCACGACCCCAAGCAAACAAGAGAAAGAAGCCAGUCCCUGGUUAAUAAUUAUAGCGGGAAGGCAGAGUGUGUAGAAAAUCAGUUCUCCCUAGCUACACUGUGACAAAGAUGUCCUUUUAUUUAAAAAAACCAAAAACUUGAAGUAGUGCCAAAAGAGAAAGGGAAUUAGGGUCCUGGCUUAAGAGAUCCGAUAUCCCCCAGAGGGUCAUAUGGAACAUGAAAAAGAACACAGAAGUUCUUCCACAGCACUUAACACAACUGCAAUUAAGUAAUUAUAUGAUUCAUUGCUUAAUGUAUUUCUUUGCUACUAAAAUUUCAGCCCCAUGAGGUUAGAAACCUUCUCCUGCUUGUUCCACUUCUCUACUGUACCCCUAGCAAAUGAAACAUGGUUGUACAUUGUAGGUAUUUUUUCUAUACUUAAUUUUAAAAGGAAAGAGGGAAUUACAGAAUAGGAUGAAGAGUCUGGGGAUAGGACAGUCCCAUUAUCUAUCUGCUAUAAUUAUUUGUCAAUAAACAUGAUUAUAUUAAUUAUAGAUUGAUUACUCUGUAAUUCUCAUUCCAGAAUUUCAGAUUGUUCUCUUUCCAGUGAGCCUGGUUCCCAGAUGUUCCCACGACUCACCUCCUGAGCCUCCAGCAUUUACCCACCAUGGAGAUCACACCCUGUAAUGGAUCAGGGGACUCCUCCGUCAUCUUCUACCUUACGGGCAUUCCUUCUCUUCCAAAAUCCCUCUUCCUUCCUAUCUUCUUCAUCUUCCUUCUCCUCUACCUACUCAUCCUAGUGGGCAAUGCCCUGAUCCUGAUGGCCGUGGUGGCAGAGCCCAGCCUCCACAAGCCUAUGUACUUCUUCCUAAUUAAUCUCUCAGCCCUGGACAUUCUCUUUACUACAACCACUAUCCCCAAGAUGCUGUCCCUAUUCCUGCUUGGGGACCGCCUUCUCAGCUUCCCGGCCUGCUUUCUGCAGAUGUACCUGUUCCAUGGCCUCAGCUGCUCAGAAGCCUUCCUCCUGGUGGUCAUGGCCUAUGACCGCUACGUGGCCAUCUGCCGCCCACUGCACUACCCCGUCCACAUGACCCCACAGACUAACGCUGCACUGGCGGCCAGUGCCUGGCUCACCACCCUCCUCCUGCCCAUCCCAGCAGUGGUCCAGACCUCCCAGAUGGCAUUCGACAACCUUGCCUACAUCUAUCACUGCUUCUGUGACCACCUGGCUGUGGUCCAGGCCUCCUGCUCCGACACCACCCCCCAGGCCCUCAUGGGCUUCUGCAUCGCCAUGGUGGUCUCCUUCCUCCCCCUUCUCCUGGUGCUUCUGUCCUACGCUCACAUCCUGGCCUCGGUGCUUCGCAUCAGCUCCCGAGAAGGACGCUCCAAGGCCUUCUCCACCUGCAGCUCCCACCUCCUGGUGGUGGGCACCUACUACUCGUCCAUUGCCGUGGCCUAUGUGGCCUACAGGGCUGACCUGCCCCUGGACUUCCACAUCAUGGGCAAUGUGGCCUAUGCUAUUCUCACACCUGUCCUCAACCCCCUCAUUUACACACUGAGAAACAAGGAUGUCAAAGCAGCCAUUGCCAAAAUAGCAUGUCCCCAGGAGCCAAAGAACAUUGGGAUUCCCUGACUCAGAGGGUCAAUUCCAUCUUCUCUCAUAAACACAGCAGUACAGAGAAAAGUAGAAAAUUCAGGCAGCAAGGCAGAGCAACGAGUCUCACAGUACGUCCUAGGUAUUCCUCCAUUAUAACCCAAUGAGAGUAUUUUCCUUCAUUCAUAGUCAGCAUGGUUUAAGCAAUAAGUCCUAAAUGUCACAAGACUGUAAAUACAAUUGGGGUCACAUUAUCAUUAAAUCAAUGUUCAUUCUCAAAGACUGCAGAUAUUCAGCAACACAUUUAGUCUUUCACUUGAAUCUCUUCUUUCAGUAUUUCUGAAAAUCACUAGCUUCUCUGGCACAUAGGUAUAAAUCACUCUUGUUCUUUGUGGAGAAGUAGCUCACAAACACCCCUCCCAGGAAAAACAGAAAUGGUUAUCUCAAUCCUCAGUGGUUGCUAAGAAGUCACUGCCACUAAAAAUAUUUCAAUGCCAUCCCCCAGGAGGUCUAUAUCUGCUAUCUAGUACCUCAGGGUGUCUUCAAGGCAGGUCUUAAAGGUGUCUCCACCCAGCUUACACUCAGUUAAGGGUGUCCCUGAGCACACCCGUUUGAACAAAAAGUGUCACAGUUGUUUUAAUUCUAAGCACACUGCGGUUUCUCUACCCAUGACACUGGGUGGCUAAGUAGAGAAAUUUCUCCUUAUCAGUAGCAUGCUGUUCCCACAGCCAGCAUUUUUUUCUCAAAAUAUAGUCCCCAGAGUUCCUCUUUCUGGCCUUAAUAGUCAGCCCAGCCUCUCAAUCCCUUCCUCUAUGCUAAGUUUCCUCUUAAAGACCUGUCAGGUUUGUCCAACCAGGGAAAUAAGAGAACAGUAAAAAGUAUUUGGUGGGGAGAUGGGUGACCCCAGUGACAGAUGUCCUCCUCAUCUUUGGCUCUUCGCAGAUAAUCUCAUUCCAAUUUCUAAGGUUCCAGUUUUUGCUAAUCAAAGCAUGAAUUUUAACCAUUUUCCUAUUUCAUAAAACCCAAUGAAGAUGGAAAUUCAACCAACGCAAUUCCACAAAGAAUAUGAUUUGCUCCUGAAUUCAUCUCUCAGAGGUCUCAGAAAUCCUGCUACAGUCAGAAAGGGUUUCAUGAAGCAGAGUGAUAUAAAGCCACUGAGUUUCCUUGUUUGCCACCUGGGAAUGGGACCCCUGUUUUCUAUCUAAAAUUUAUUCAUUCGAUAUUAUGUUUAUUCCUCGCUCUUUGAAAUUGGUAUCUAGACCUCUCUGGUGCUAUAAUCCUCAAGUUCUAAAGGAGACAGAAUAAUAAACUACCUUGUCCCUGAGUUCCAUGAGCUAUUAGAAUUCAACCUAAGGAUGUGGAGAGGAAUAUUUUUCUCUCUUUACUCCACUACCAGGCAAUAAACAACUCCAAAAUUACCCCCAUUUUACUACAGAAGUUCUGUUUGGGGCUCCUCUGUUCAGAACUUAUCUUCUAGUAGCAAUUUGAGUUUCAGGUGAAACUGGUUUAUUGUGUCCCCAGAUCAUAACCUUUUCAUCUUCAGCAAUCCUUGUAGAUGGAACAAAGAAUCAUCUGGAGAGUGAACUGCGGUGAUAAGGAAUCCCCAGAUAGUUUACUCACUAUUUUCUUGUGGCUCUUCCUAAACAUUUAUCACAAGUAGACAAGAAAUAAUAACAAUGAAAACAAUAUUUUCAUCUGCAGUCAUGAAAUUGGUACAGUUUCUGUAUUUGGCACAGUUUCUGUAUUUCCCAUGUAUAAGUAGUUUCAACUUUUGCAUAUUAAAGAACAUAAUCAAGGGCCUGAAGUUGUAGCUCUACAGUAGAGCGCUUGCCUUGCACAGGUGAGGCACUGGGUUCGAUCCUCAGCACCACAUAAAAAAAUAAAUAAGCAAAAUAAAGAUAUUGUGUCCUUAAAAAAAGAAGAAGAACAUAAUCAAGAGAGUGAAAAGCAACCACAGGAUGGAAUAAAGUAUUUGCCAGUCACAUAUCUACUAGAGAAUCAAUAUUCAGAAUACAUAACAAAAAAACCAGCCCUCUUUAAAGAUGCAUUUCUCUAAAGAAGAUACAAAAGGCUGAUAAGCACCAAAAAAAGAUGCUCAACAUCACUACUCUCUAGAGAAAUGCAAAUCAAAACUGCAAUGAGGGACUGGGAUUGUGGCUCAGCGGUAAAAUGCUCACCUCACAUGUGCAGUACCCUGGGUUUGAUCCUCAGCACCACAUUAAAAAAAAUAAUAAUAAGUGAAAUAAAGAUAAUGUGUCCAACUACAACUAAAAAAAAAACUGCAAGGAGACACCAGCAUCUAGUAUCUCACCAAUGGCUAAUAUUUGAAAAAAAAAAAAAAAAAGAAAAGAAGUGCUUGCAAAAUGUGGAGAAAUUGGAACACUUGGACACUGUUGGAAAUAUAAAAUGGUAGAGCCACUAUGUAAGAUAGGACAGAUCCUCAAAAAAUAAAACAAAAUUACCAUAGGCUCCAGAAAGUCCACUGCUGGGCAUAUAUCCCCAGAUAAUUAGGAUCCCAAAGGGAUAUUUGUUUACCUAAGUUCAUUGCAGCAUGAGUCCCAAUUGUCAAGAGGUGGAAACAACCUAAAUGUCCAUCCACAGAUGAAUGGAGAAAAUAAAAUGUGAUAUAUACAUACCAUUAUGGUUUAAAUAGGAGGUGUCCCCAGAAGUUCAUGUGUAAGACAAUGUAAGAUGUUUAGAGGUGAAAAGAUUGGGUUAUGAGAGCUUUAACUCAAUCAGUGCAUUAAUCCACUGAUAUGGAUUAACUGGGCAGUAACUGUAGGUAGGUAGGGUGUGGCUGGAGGAAGCAGGCCCAUGGGGUUGUGCCUUUAGCAUCUAUAUUUUGUCCCUGGUGAGCAGAGCCCUCUGUUUCAUGAUUCCCAUGACCUGAACUCCUUUUCUCCUCCAUGCCCUUCUGCCAUGAUGCUCUGCCUCACUUGGGCCCAAAACUAUGGUGUUGGCCAUCUAUGAGCUGAGACUUCUGAAACCAUGAGCCCCAAAUAAUGUAUCCCUCCUCUAAAAUUGUUCUUGUCAGGUUUUUGGUCAUAGCAACACAGAGCUGACUAAAACACAUACAAUGGAAUAUUAUUCAUCCACAAAAAGGAAUGAAAUUCUUAUAUUUGCUGCAAUAUAGAUGAACUUUAAAGACCUUCUGCCAAAUGAAAUAAGCUAGUCAUACUUUCACUUAAAUAAGUAAAGUUCAUAGAGAAUAGUCAAGUUCCUAGAAACAGAAAGUAGAACAAUAGUUACUAGGAGUUGAGAGGUGGAAUAAUGGAAAGGUUUUUGAUUGUUUAUUUGUUUGUUUUUUAAGGAUAUAGAGCUUCUGUUUGAGAUGAUGAAAAAAAUUCUGUAAAUGGAUAAUGGUAAUGGUGGGAUAACAUUGUGAAUGUACUUAAUGCUCCCAAUCCAUAAAAGUGAUUAAAUAGUAAAUUUAUCAUAGCUUUUAAAAAACUUUAAAUAGUUUCAAACUAGGUGGGGUCAUUCAGUAGCCUUGGGAUUAGUUGCCCUUUUGACAGAUGUCCACCUCUGUACCAACAAGCUGUGGUCAGAGGGAAAGGGAUGGAGGGCAGUCAUAUGGUUUAACACUGACAAUCAAGAACAGAGAAAGGGAUGGGUGGGGGAUCUUGGAAAGAAACAAGUCAAAGGAUUUUUGACUUGUUCAAAUUUUUAGUUAUUCGGGAGGAAUAAGUUCAAGAGAUAUAUUUGCAAUAUGGUGACAAUACUUAAUACGAACAUAUUGUAUAUUUGAAAAUCAUUAAAAGAAUAGAUUUUAAAUGUUCUCAGUGCAAAAAAAUGAGAUAAUAUAUGUAUCAAUUAAUUUGAUUUAGCCAUUCCACAAUGUACACAUAUUUCAAACAUUAUGUUGUAAACAACAAAUAUAUACAAUUUUUAUUUGUCAGUGAACUAAAUAAAUAAACUAAAAAGAAUCACUGAGCAAUUUGCCUUGAAAAGAUGGGCAGGUGGGCACCUGAGGCCCUGUGCACUCCGGGAGGGACUCCCUGGUGGCCCUCAAGUAGAGGUUGUGAAGAUGUGAGAGACAAUGGGCAGUCUCCUCUCUCCCCUUCUCCCUUCACCCUAUUGCCUCUCACCCUACCCAUUGGGUAGGUGUCACCCCUUCCCUCUCCUGGGUAAACCCUGGCCUCUUCCCUAUGCCCCUGCUCCAGGCCAUGCAGAGGCCAUAGUGGAGCUUCUUGACUUGUGGAUAUGGUCACUGACCACCUUCCACAUGACUUACAGGCUCGCUGUAUCUGGCACUGUGAUCCCUUUGCCUCAAGUCACACAGUGGCUUCUCACAUGACCCUUCUGACCUCCUUCCAGCUUUUCAAACUCACAAAGUUCUCAUGGUCACCAAUAACAAACUCUCCUUUUCUGGAAGCCCUCUUUCUCCUAAGUCAAAUCAGGCUCCUCCUGAAGCAUCUCUGCUCUGGCUCGUCAUCCUGAAAGGUCAGACAGGCAUCAUUCUCGAGUGCCCCCAGCACUGUUUAUUCCCCAUCAUAGCUUUUGUUUCAGGCCUUAUGAGAGCAGAGCCCAGGGCACAGUGGACCCUUGAGCUUCUGUAGGCCCCAUGCUUGUUCACUUAUUCUCCUCUUUCAAUCUUCUUUCCCACCAAAGCAUUCUAAUGUGCUGGAUAUAGGUCCAUAGAUAAAAGUAUAUCUUUGUAAA